AUGUCGGCUGCGCGUGAGAUUUGUGUUGGCGUCUCUCGAAUUUUUCAUAGCGAUGCACAAAUGCUUGAAUACGCGAUGGAGAUCACAGUUACAAUUACUAACACAGUGUUUAUAAAUACAGCGAUUAACCAAGCGGCAUAUUUAUAUAAUCGCAAGGCUGAUGAUGAUUUCUAA